AGAAGUUGAGACUGUAUACCAGAUUGUAGAAGACAAAAGUUGGGGGAAGGAAAAAAAACCCCCGAAGAAACUGAAUACAUUUUUCCAAGAAAUUGAAACUACAGUUAUUCUGCAUUCCUCGAAAAAGUAAGUAUCCUAAGCAUCUUUUCAUCGAAUAGAAAAGAAGAAGUGUGUAGGCUACUUUCUCUGUAUGGAUUUUGAUUGUCCUGCCAUAUGACUGUACUAUUUAUAAACUAAGCUUUUGAAUAAUGGUUUCAUCAGACCUAAAUGAUGAGGCUAUCGUUUAUAUUGCUCCUCUUGUUAUUGUUAGUAAUUUGAUGUGGGAAUAUUAGAUGUAUUAUUUAUGAUCAAUAGACUACCACUUCAACCAUCAAGUAUCCUAAUCAAAGAAAAAUACUAAUAUCCUAAUCAAUGAAUGCAACUGGCAACAAUUAAUCUGCAAGAGAACAGCAAAUGCACAUUUUUAAUUUUUAAUUUAAAUUCGAUGCCUCACUUUCCCAAAGCUGCACAAAAUGUUAUGAUAGUCUAGGAAAUCCGUAUUUUGUUUAGAGAAUGAACCCCAGUCGUGACGGUUUUGGUUUAGUUGCGUGUCAGUCCUAAAAGCAGAUGACUAGCCGCCCGCCACUAUUGGCGCUGCCCCAAGGGCCGAUUCCAAAUUGAAUACCCAGAUGUUCAUAAUACAGCCUGGCAUGAAUGGGGUGGACCCUUUGAACCUCGCGUGCAGAGACGCAAACAAUAUCAAUACGACCGAUAUUACUUGUCAUGUUACAUUGUAAGGAUCACAUAGUAAAUGUGAAAUGGUCUAUCUGCAGUUCUGUAGGCUGUGCGACUAUGACGGGGCGUCAAGCCACCAACCCAGAAGAUGGCAAAGAGAUUGACAGUGUGAAGGAGUCCAUCAGUGACAUCAUCAAUCAACUGCAGGAUAUUGACCCUGCCAGGCUGUCAUUCUCUCCAUUCCUAGACCUAGACACCCAGAUCUCUUUAGCACCAGUGUCUGACAGUCCUGAAUCUUCAGUGGAGGAGCUCCACUCCUCUUCUCACUCAGUCACUGGCUCUCACCACUCCCUGGAAGCCCUGCCAGCCGAUCAACUUGUCCGUAAGUGAUAAUCGAACAAACACAUUUUUUAUUUGAGUGCCACUAAAUAAACAUGUGCAGAUUGGGUGACAUGCAUUAUUCACAACAUUGAACAUAUGGUGGCAGAAAGAUGAGUUGAUUAUGCUUUGUUUUGUACAGAGCUUGAUUCCUGCCACCAGCAACACAGCGAGGGCUUCAAAGCAGAGCGAAGACCGCAAGAGGGGAAAGAGGGAGUUCAGGAUGGAACUAUUUCAAGUCUGAUUGCUACAGUGCACAAUUUGGAAGACCCGGUGGAAAACUGCAUCAGCACUCCAAAUCCAGCCUCUCUGAGAGACAUUCCCAAUGGCACAGACACACAGAGAUGGAGUCCAGAAUCCAACAAUCUGGAGUCCACCAUUGAUGAAGGCCAACCGUUGCUCGGCUUGCCACCGGAGAGCAUAGAGUUGACUAUGUGGAGUUCCCAAGAUCAAGAGACUUGUGAGGCUGUCCCAGAGGUGGCAGACAAGAGACGGUGCUGCUGCUGUAGAUGUUGCCAAAGUGGCCGCGUUCCUGCUGUGUGCUCAGUCCUGGCCUCCCUUCUGUUUACUGCGGGGCUUCUCUAUGCACUCUAUUUCUACAUUCCCAUAGUUGCCCCAGACUGCCCUGACAUGGUCAGCCGCCUCACUUUCACACUUUGCUGCUGUGCCGUAGCUGCUUUCCCCGUCUUGUUGGGUAUGUCUGAAUCAUUGUUUCAUAUGAGACUCAAACAAAAACUGUCACACUGGGCACAGACAUCAGUUCAACAUCUAGUUUUGAUUUAAAUUUGGUUUGAGUUGUCAACUAAAGUGAAAUCAACAAAAAAUGUCCCGUCAUUGGAUUUAGGUAAAAAGUUGGGUGAAAGAGAUCAAAUCCAUUUACGUUGAUGACUUUUUCCAAAUCCAAUAAUUUUCCCACAUUGAUUCAAAGUCAUCACAUUAAAAAAAAUCAAUAAAUAGAAAUGACAUGGAAACAACGUUGAUUCAACCAGUUUUUGCUCAGUGGGGUGCCUUUAUACUGAGCUCUACAAACCUACGUAUUUAGUUGGAGCAAUCAAUCUCCCAAAAAGCUCUUGAAUGCAGUAUUAAGUGAUUUAGGUUGUCUAGUAGUCCACAUGUCUCAUAAUUUGUCUAAGGCUUAGUCUUUGUCUACAAUUCAACCUCAAGGCAAUGCAAGUCUUACUGAAGCACUGGCUGGCAAAUUCCUCCCUCUUCUUAUAAAUAGCUUAACAUGGAAACUAGAAUAGAAAAGAUGAGGGUAACUAGUUCUCCAGUCUCCUGGGCAGUGUCCUAAUAGUUUCUCAUUACUUUCUUCAUCUCAUUUUCUCUCUACUGAAAGGACCUGAUUGUAGAAAGCAACAUGGCUAAAAACAAAUCCCUUCACAUAUUGGUUUUCAAGUUUUCUUAGUCGAAUGUUGUAUGUUCAAGCAGGAAACAUAUCUGUGUUCAAGUAUUAGUAGUCGUAUGUUCAAGCAGAAAAGGAGGGUAUUAUCAAAGACUGGACCAAGCAUCAGUUCAAAGGCAGUUUUUCUUCAAACUAGGAUGCUGAAGACACAUGAUGCCAGACAAAAUCAAAGACCAUUAGGUGUUUUGUGUUGUGUUUUCAAAUUCGAGUACUAACAUGCCUAUUACUCCCCCUCUAGCUAUGCUGAUUGGUGCUAUGUGCCAGUUCUGCACUGGGUCUUUGAAUCCAGCUGAGGCUCUCCACAGAAAACCGGCCAUUCAGCAGCUGUUUGUCUCUGCGUCUAUGGAGCAGUUGUUUCUCUACGUUCUCAAUCUGUUGGUUCUGGCUACAUUCCUGCAUCAAGACCAUCUGAGGGUGGUGCCCAUUUUGACUGGAGUUUUCGUUGGAGGGAGGUGAGUGGUUUCAAAGCCAUUGAUUGCUCAGUGAGUAAAAAGAGUGACGUGUCACCGUGCUCUAGAAUGGACGGCAGGUAGCUUAGGGGUUAGGUGCAUUGGGCUAGAAACCGAAAGAUUACUGGUUCAAAUCCCCGAGCCGACUAGGUGAAAAAUCUCUGUGCCGUUUAGCAAGGCACUUAACCUUUAUUGCUUCAGGGUUGCCAUCAAUAAUGUCUGAUCCCUGUCUCUGACCCCAUUCUCCGAGGGUGUCAGGGGGAGUGGGAUAUGCAAAAAACAAAUAUACAUUUCACACAUGUACAAGUGCAGGACAAAUGUAAGCACCUAAUUAUGAAUUAUUAUAAAGCUGAACAUGUUUUAAGUUUCUCCCCCACAUUUUAUUCCUAUAGGCUUAUCUACUGGCUCUGCUUCCACAUGUGUAGCCCCUGGAGAGGCUUUGGAUCGGGGCUUACUGUUUUCCCACUCCUUGCCAUGGUGGCUUUCAAUCUGUACUGUCUGUACGACUUGAGCCUCAGACAACUGCUCUUUGGGUCGGAGGACAUACUCUAUUAUCAGACCACCCCUUCAUCCUGGCCUCUGGAGGUGUCACAGAGCCCCAGUGGCAAAUCAGAUAGUGUCAUACCCACGGAUAUCUUGGAAACGCAG